AUUUCUGUUGUUCAUCUCUUUUACUAAAAACGGCGUCGGAUCUAUAAUUUAGCAGUAAGGAUUCAUUAUUCUUAUUUCCUCCCUCCUCUCCCUCUCCGGUGACCCCUCUCUCUGAUUUUGUAAGGGGUCGCCUCUAAAUUCCGCGGUAUUUGAAUCCUUUAGGGAAAUUGAUAUGUCGGAGAUGGCGAACACAGAUCCGGAGGGUCUCGACGGAGUGCGUAUGCCAUGGAACGUAUGGCCGCGCACCAAGGUCGAGGCGAGCAAGUGCGUGAUCCCACUCGCCGCCUCCAUCUCACCGAUCCGCCCCCACCCGGACAUCCCCACCCUCCCUUACGCGCCCCUCAGAUGCAAGACCUGUUCAGCCGUCCUCAACCCCUUCUCGCGGGUGGACUUUACCGCCAAGAUCUGGAUCUGCCCCUUCUGCUACCAGCGCAAUCACUUCCCACCUCACUACUCCAUGAUCUCCGAGACCAACCUCCCCGGCGAGCUCUACGCCCAGUAUACCACUGUGCAAUAUUCCCUCCCCCAAAAUCCUGACCCUAAUCUCGGUCCUUCUCCGCUCUCGCCCGUGUUUUUGUUCAUGCUUGAUACCUGUAUGAUCGAGGAGGAAAUGGGGUUCGUUAAAUCGGCACUAAUGCGUGCCAUCGGGUUGUUGCCGGAGAACGCGCUGGUGGGGUUCGUUUCGUUUGGGACCCAGGUUCAGGUGCAUGAAUUGGGGUUCUCAGACAUGUCCAAGGUGUACGUGUUCAGGGGGAACAAAGAGAUUUCCAAGGAGCAGGUUUUGGACCAAUUGGGGCUUGGGGUUUCGGCCAGGCGAGCUGGCGGAACAGGGUACCAGAAGGGCGUGCCGAAAGGGUUUCUGGAUUCAGGUGUCACACGGUUCUUAUUGCCCGCUGCGGAUUGUGAGUACACGCUCAACGCGUUGUUGGAAGAGUUGGAAACUGAUCAGUGGCCUGUUCCGCCGGGGUGUCGGGCAUCGCGGUGCACGGGAGUGGCUUUAAGUGUUUCAACAGGAUUGCUUGGAGCCUGUUCCACUGGCACUGGUGCUAGAAUUAUAGCUCUAGUUGGUGGUCCUUGUACAGAAGGGCCUGGCACGAUUAUAUCAAAAGAUCUAUCAGAUCCAGUACGAUCACAUAAAGAUCUUGACAAGGAUGCAGCACCUUAUUUUAAGAAAGCAGUCAAAUUCUAUGAAAAUCUUGCAAAUCAGCUGGUUAGCCAGGGUCACGUUUUGGACCUUUUUGCUUCUGCCCUCGAUCAGGUUGGGGUUGCAGAAAUGAAAGUUGCAGUCGAAAAAACUGGUGGCCUUGUUGUUCAAGCUGAAAGUUUUGGUCAUUCUGUAUUUAAAGAUUCUUUCAAGCAGGUAUUCGAAGAAGGGGAGCAGUCUCUGGGCCUUUGUUUUAAUGGCACACUAGAGAUCAAUUGUUCAAAGGACAUUAAAAUCCAGGGGAUAAUUGGGCCUUGCACAUCGUUGGAAAAGAAAGGACCUGCUGUUGCUGAUACAGCCAUUGGGGAAGGUGGUACAACAGCAUGGAAAUUGUGUGGUCUUGAUAAAAGUACUUGCUUGACGGUGUUUUUUGAUCUUUCAUCAAGUGAUCGAUCAAAUACCCCAGGAACUGUAAAUCCCCUGUUGUACUUGCAGUUUCUCACUAGUUAUCAAAACCCCGAAGGUCAAUUAAUACUUCGAGUGACAACCAUUAGUAGAGGAUGGAUAGAUAGUGCAGUGAGCUCAGAGGAAUUGGUACAAGGAUUUGAUCAGGAGACUGCUGCUGUGGUAAUGGCAAGAUUGACUUCCCUGAAAAUGGAGACAGAGGAAGGGUUUGACGCUACAAGGUGGUUGGAUCGGUCUCUCAUUCGUCUCUGUUCUAAAUUUGGUGACUACCGGAAGGAUGAUCCAGCGUCUUUUACAUUAAAUCCUUCUUUUUCAUUGUUCCCUCAGUUUAUGUUUAAUCUGAGAAGAUCACAAUUUGUACAGGUUUUUAACAACAGUCCAGAUGAGACUGCCUAUUUCCGCAUGUUGUUAAACAGGGAAAAUAUCACAAAUGCUGCUGUUAUGAUUCAACCGUCUUUGAUAUCCUAUUCAUUCAAUUCACUGCCUGCUCCAGCAUUGUUGGAUGUGGCUUCCAUUGCAGCGGACCGUAUUCUCUUGCUGGAUUCCUAUUUCAGUGUUGUAAUUUUCCAUGGAAUGCAAAUAGCUCAGUGGCGUAAUGCAGGAUAUCAUAAUCAGCCAGAACACCAGGCAUUUGCACAUCUAUUGCAAGCUCCUCAUGAUGAUUCCCAGGUGAUCAUUCGGGAACGAUUCCCUGUCCCUAGAUUGGUGGUAUGCGAUCAGCAUGGCUCCCAGGCUAGAUUCUUAUUGGCAAAAUUGAACCCAUCAGCUACAUACAAUAAUGCUAAUGAGAUGGCUGCUGGGUCAGAUGUGAUCUUCACAGAUGAUGUGAGCCUUCAAGUCUUCUUUGAGCAUCUUCAGAGGCUGGCUGUGCAAUCUUGACAGCAGGCAAGGGUCGAGAGUUAUACAUCUAGGGGUUUUGUUUCAAGUAAAAUUCCCAGUCUGGUUUCGGUUUCGUCCUGCUCAUUCGGGUUCUCCCUCUCUUUCCCUUGUUUUUAAAGAUUCAGACCCUGGGUUAUUUAAAAAAUAAGGACAGCCUAGGUUUAUUCUUUGGGGUAUCUGGGGAGGUAUUGCUUCCUUAUAAGAAUAAGGGAGGGACAAAGAUGUCGGUUGAGUUCUGAAUUAUGGGAAAGGAAAGGUAUGAUGAUAAUGUAAGUUAAAGGAUUCAGCAGGGGAGCCAAUCAGGAAGAUAUAUUUGUCUAAAGAUAUUCUUUUUUCCAUCUUUACAUUUUUGUAUUAACCCAAAUCAGAAGUAUGCCAUGUGUAUCUAAAUUUUAAAGUUAUAUAUACUCGAUGGAAUUGAUGCUCCUUGUUUGGACA